AUGAACUCCAAUGACGGGUCUGUUUGGAAGAGAAGAUCUAAAAAGAUCUGUUGCGAUGAUGACAAAUCACAGCUUCUUGUUGCCUCAAAUAAGAAGAAAAACAAGAACAUGAACAAGAAGACUGUGAAUCAGAAGACCCGAACAGAAGCUGAUUGGCCUUUAAAGCAAGCCCUUUUUAGCCUUUUCCGCUGGCACAAUGAAACCCUAAAUGUAUGGACGCAUUUAAUCGGAUUUGUUGUAUUUGUGGGAUUGACCAUUACAAACGUUAUGCAUGUGCCUCAAGUUUCACAGUUCCUCAAUUUGUUAACUUGGUCUUUCCCGUUAGGCCCAGGUACAAACGCCUCACAUAAUUCAAUUAUGGAUACACCAAAACUCAUCGACUUAAAGCACGAAUCACCGCUAGACAUGGACAUCGGGCCGCCACUACUGGCGGCAACGCGGUGGCCAUUCUUCGUGUUCUUGGGCGGCUCGAUGUUCUGCCUCCUCUCCUCCUCCACCUGCCACCUCUUCGGCUGCCACUCCCACCAUCUCAACCUCCUCCUCCUCCAAAUGGACUACGUCGGAAUCACCAUCAUGAUCAUCACCUCGUUUUUCCCUCCAAUUUACUACAUUUUUCAAUGCGAGCCCAUAUGGCAAUUUGUCUAUCUCGGUGGAAUCACAGCGAUGGGUGUAUUUACCGUUAUAACCCUACUGGCACCGGCGCUUUCCAGUGGAAAGUUCCGGUCUUUUCGGGCUUUUCUGUUUAUGGGUAUGGGCCUGUUUGGGAUAGUACCCGCGGUUCAUGCUGUUGUUGUCAACUGGCAUGAACCGCAGAGGAAUGGAAUCCUCGCAUAUGAAACUGCGAUGGCGGUUUCAUAUCUGACGGGUACCAUGUUUUAUAUUAGCAGAAUCCCAGAAAGAUUUAAGCCUGGUUGGUUUGAUUUGGCGGGACAUAGUCAUCAGAUUUUUCAUUGUUUUGUGAUUAUGGGUGCGUUGGCUCAUUAUGGAGCUGCACUUGUGUUUCUUGAAUUUCGAGGUCAGGUUGGUUGUUGACGUCACCAUGAUGAUGACGUGGAAUUUGUUUUUAAUCGAUUAAUAUUUUCGGUUUAUGGGUCCAUUUUUUAUUAUAUGAAGGUGUAGAAUGAAAAUGUGAUAGUGUGUCGGUAUGUUGUGAAAAUGGGUCCUGUUAAUUUUUUUUUUCUCCAUAUUUUUUGACACUAAUAUAUUGUCAAAUUGUUGUAUCAUGAGAAGAUAUAAAACUCAAAUU